GGUAUUCCUCAGGUAGCAAUCGCUCGCUCCCAUGCUCUACACACCUUCGAUGGGUCGUCUCUAGAGCCUUCUAAAUUGCCAAUACUGGCGCCUGAUUCGAUCUCCAUCUGGUUGGCCAAUCUUGAGAAGCUCUAUCCGGGUGAUGUGCCAAUCGAAGUUCAUCUUAUUCGUCAAACAUACGGAUCCCCUAUCAACUCACGUGUUGUGAUCGCCGACUCCAAGUCUAAUGAUUGGAAUAACUUACUCAUCAAUUUGCAUAUGGAGAUCUUGCCAGUUCCUGUGCUACAUCAAGCUGAUGCCCAUGGCUUCGUGCUUAAGGUUCGUCGUCAUAUUCCAACUAAUUCGGCCUUGACCUUUUCAAAGAUCACUAGUACCAGUGAUUCCCUUAAUCCUGUUCCUCGGCGCGACGCACAAGAAGAGUUCGAGGCUGAUCAGAGAAGCCAUUGGCGUCUCGUUUACUCUGGUGACAGUAUGCCGUGCCAACUUUUGGCUUCUUCUGGCAGUGACUGUGAUCUCCUGAUACACGAAGCCACCUUUCCGGACGGUUUUGAGCACCGCGCCGCCGAUUCCAUGCACUGGUGA